AUGAAUGACAUAUUACCAGCUCCAAGUCUUGUUAAAUAUAGUAAUCCAAUUCUCAUAUCAAACAGUUAAAAGAAAUAAGUCAAAUAAUCACCCCCUAGUAAUACUGAGGACAUUUUGAAUGCAAUUCUACUUCCCAGAGAAUUUAAUCAUCAGAAAAAUUAAUUACAAAUUUAAUGUGUUUCUCCUGCACCUUCAACUAAAUAAGAUGUGCUAGAAUUAUAAGAUAAAUUAGAUAAAUGGUUAUCAUAAAGACUUGCAAGAGAGACUGGUUUAUGUCCAAUUAGGGAGGAGUUAUAUUCAUAAUGUUUUGAUGAAUUAAUACGAUAAAUUACUAUAAAUUGUGCAGAAAGAGGAAUGUUGCUAGUGACUGUACGCAAUGAAGUUUAAAUGGUCAUAUAGACAUAUUAAACUUUGUACGCUUCAAGUAUUGCAUUUGGAAUGAGAAAGUUUUUAUCUGAAGAAGAAAAAAAAGUAUAAAUAUACAAAAUAUGUAGGCUGAAUAUAGAUUAAGGAUAAAGUAGUUAGAAUAAGACUGCUCUGAACUAUAAAAAUAAGUAGAAAAUUUAGAGUAGAGACUACUUGAAACUAAAUAGUAAGAUUAAUUAAAAAGAGAAUAAACAAAAGAAACACAUCUGGAAAUUAUAUCUUAAUUAAAAACAGAUAUAAAAAGUAAAGUUUCUGGAGAUCUAGAAAAAAUACUUACUGGAUAAAAAAAAUUGCCUGAUAAAAAAUGA